ACCACUUAGAACUCCCCGGGUUCCUCCGGAACUGCUCGAGUGUUUCCGUCUCCACAUCGGCACCAAUCAGUUCUUUCUAUCCUCCCUGCAGCUUCCCCUCCCUCACCCUGCUUUUCGAGUUCGGUUAUCUUCGUCUUACGGAGGCCUUGAACCGAAUCUAUUCGGAAGCCCUCGACUCUCGGAGUUAUUCGUCUAUCUCCGGUCCUAGGGCUGAGGCGCUGAGGCGCUUGGGUGUUUGGGGCUGGUCCGCUACCGGAAGUGCGUGGGCUUCUCUGCUGGUUCUGCUUAGGGUGUUCAGGAAAUAUGGCAGUGGCGGCGAUAGUUGGAGUCCAAGGACUCUUGUGACGGUCUCCGGGUGCACUGAAAGGAGAGGGGAGCCAAAGUUGAGAUUUUCCCUCCCUACGUAAUCUAACCGAAAGCGAAUGUCAGCUCCUCUACGGGCCAAACAGUUCUGCACCAGAGUCGACUAAGCGGGUUUACACGGAAGUCUGCAGGUGGGCAGUGGCAGAAGAGACGAGGAUGCCACGGGAAUCAUCAUCUUCAAUACCACUAUCCUUCCCUUCUCCUUUAUCCUCAGUGCCAGACAAUAUUAUUAACUCUUCCCUUCCUUCAAUGUCUUUUGUCACGUCCCGGGAGAUGAAGUGUGUUCUGCACUGGUUUGCAAGUUGGUCAGGUCCCCAGCGUGAACGUUUCCUACAGGACCUGGUAGCUAAGGCAGUGCCAGGAAAAUUACAGCCACUGCUGGAUGGUCUGGAGCAGCUUAGUCUGUCAGGGGCAAACCGACCGCCUUGUAUCUUUGAGUGCCAGCUCCGUCUUUGGGAUCAGUGGUUUCGAGGUUGGGCUGAGCAGGAGCGCAACGAAUUUGUCAGGCAGCUGGAGGUCACUGAGCCAGACUUUGUGGCAAAGUUUUACCAAGCUGUGGCUGCUACAGCUGGUAAGGACUGAUAGGCAUUAAAAUCAAAGAAGACAACCACAGCUGGAGUUGAGGCCAUGACUUUACAGUGAGACUUCAAUUCAGAUGUGCCACUCAGAGGUCUGGAGAUGGUAACCUGAUGAGCCAACUGAACUCACAGCACAGGCAUGGUCAUUUUAACAGUAGCUUAUCAACAGGACUUUUAGUGUAAAUAUUUUCCACUUAAGCAAAUCCAGAUCAUCAGUCUGCCUCCUAGCUUACUUCUUUCCAAGAGACUUUAAGCUCCCAAGAAUUUGAUGGCUUCUUUUGCAACUAUAACCAAAAGGAACCAAAGCAUUAUAACUCAAGUUUGGUCUACUGCUGGCUCAUGAGGAGUAUAAAGUAGAGCCAUCCUGAUAUAACCUGGUGACAUUCCAACCACUAGCUUUCCCCAGUGAUGAUGUAGUAAGAUUAUGGAAAAUCAGGAGAAGGCGGUAAUUAGUUACUCCCUCCUCCAUUGAAACCAAAUAGCAAUGACUUUCUUUCCAAAGCAUGUGCGAUAUCUUCAGAGCUGGUAGCAGGUGUUUCUAUUCUGUGACUUUGCUCACUUUGAAAACAAGUGACACUCUUUACGGGUUGAAGAGUUUAUUUUUAAUACCAAAAUAAAGAGUAGACUUUCAGAACCAUAAGUCUCUAUUUUUUUUCCUUGCAAGACUAGUACAAAGUUGAUACCU